GAUGGUCUACUGCUUGGAGAUAGCGGCUACACCUGGCAAGCCAUGGCUGAUGACGCCCUUCUUCUCUCCGUCAUUAACAGCGGAGGUCGCCUACAAUGCGUCGCAUAGCACAACGAGGAGCAUCGUGGAACGGACGAUAGGCCAGCUCAAGCGUAGGUUCCACUGCCUCUAUGCUGAGUUGAGGAUGCAGCAGAGAGAUGCUGUGACAUCACUGUCGCCUGCUGUGUCCUGCACAACCUGGCCAAGACAUACCCUUGCAGCAUGCCAAGGACUGUCCUCCCCGAAGAGGUUCCCGUCGAGCCCGUGGCAGCGGGUCGUGACGAAAGCAAUGAGGCUUGGAACCGCUGUGAAGCCUCCCGGCACCAACGUCAGCUGUACGGCACAUCCGUCGGAGCCCGCUGCAUCGCCUCCUGUGGCAGACUCUCGUACAGCACUUCCGCUCCCAGAGGGACCAGGCUGUAAAUCUAUUCCCCUGGAGCUGCGAGAAAUGCAUGUGUAAAAAGUGGUGAGGUUUUGUUCUUGUCAGUGCGGGCAAAGAGAACACACUGUGCAUAGUUUGUAACCCUGAUAAAGAUGCCGAUGCUGGGCCAAACUUUAUUUAUACGUGUUG